AGAGCUUGUGUUGCACAUCCACAUCCCACUUCAUUCCUGCUAAUCUGCUAAUGCAGUAAAUUGGAAGACAGCUGUUGCCAGGAUAACCUGUAAUGGGCAAGGAGCCACAGAGAAGAAAACAUUUCUUUUAAUUUUUAAACUUGGUUUGAAAGACCAGCAUGUUUUGGAAAUUUGAUCUUCACUCAUCAUCCCACAUAGACACACUUCUAGAAAGAGAAGAUGUAACACUGAAGGAGUUAAUGGAUGAGGAAGAUGUUUUACAGGAAUGUAAAGCUCAGAAUCGCAAACUUAUAGAGUUUCUGUUAAAAGCAGAAUGUCUCGAAGAUUUAGUCUCAUUCAUUAUAGAAGAACCACCUCAAGACAUGGAUGAAAAGAUCAGAUACAAGUAUCCAAAUAUAUCUUGUGAGUUGCUCACUUCUGAUGUCUCCCAGAUGAAUGAUAGACUGGGAGAAGAUGAAUCCUUGCUAAUGAAAUUAUAUAGCUUCCUCCUAAACGAUUCCCCCUUGAACCCACUACUUGCCAGUUUCUUCAGCAAGGUGCUAAGUAUUCUUAUCAGCAGAAAACCAGAACAGAUUGUGGAUUUCUUAAAGAAGAAACGUGAUUUUGUAGACCUUAUUAUAAAGCACAUAGGAACUUCGGCUAUCAUGGAUUUGUUGCUCAGGCUCCUGACAUGCAUCGAGCCUCCACAGCCCAGGCAAGAUGUGCUGAAUUGGUUAAAUGAGGAGAAAAUUAUCCAGAGGCUUGUGGAAAUAGUUCAUCCAUCGCAAGAAGAAGAUCGUCAUUCAAAUGCAUCACAGUCACUUUGUGAAAUUGUUCGCCUGAGCAGAGACCAGAUGUUACAAAUUCAGAACAGUACAGAACCAGAUCCCCUGCUUGCCACUCUAGAAAAGCAAGAAAUUAUAGAGCAGCUUCUAUCAAAUAUUUUCCACAAGGAGAAAAAUGAAUCAGCCAUAGUCAGUGCAAUCCAGAUACUGCUCACUUUACUUGAGACACGACGACCAACAUUUGAAGGCCAUAUAGAGAUCUGCCCACCAGGCAUGAGUCAUUCAGCUUGUUCGGUCAACAAGAGUGUUCUAGAAGCCAUCCGAGGAAGACUUGGAUCUUUUCAUGAACUCCUCCUUGAGCCGCCCAAGAAAAGCGUCAUGAAGACUACGUGGGGUGUGCUGGACCCUCCUGUGGGGAAUACCCGGUUGAAUGUGAUUCGGUUGAUAUCCAGCCUCCUUCAAACAAAUACCAGCAGUAUCAACGGGGAGCUAAUGGAGCUGAAUAGCAUUGGGGUCAUAUUGGACAUGUUCUUCAAAUAUACAUGGAAUAACUUUUUACAUACACAAGUGGAAAUUUGUAUUGCACUGAUUCUUGCAAGUCCUUUUGAAAACACAGAAAAUAGCACAAUUACUGAUCAAGACUCCACUGGUGACAAUUUGUUAUUGAAACAUCUUUUUCAAAAAUGUCAGUUAAUAGAACGAAUACUUGACGCCUGGGAAAUGAAUGAGAAGAAACAGGCCGAGGGAGGAAGACGGCAUGGCUACAUGGGACACCUGACGAGGAUAGCUAACUGUAUCGUGCAUAGUACUGACAAGGGCCCCAACAGUGCAUUAGUACAGCAGCUUAUCAAAGAUCUUCCAGACGAAGUCAGGGAGCGAUGGGAGACGUUCUGCACAAGCUCCUUAGGAGAAACUAACAAGAGGAACACGGUAGAUCUAGUUACAACCUGCCAUAUUCAUUCAUCCAGUGAUGAUGAAAUUGACUUUAAAGAAACGGGUUUCUCACAGGAUUCUUCUUUGCAGCAAGCCUUUUCUGAUUAUCAGAUGCAACAAAUGACGUCCAAUUUUAUUGACCAGUUUGGCUUCAACGAUGAGAAGUUUGCAGAUCAAGAUGACAUUGGCAAUGUUUCUUUUGAUCGGGUAUCAGACAUCAACUUUACUCUCAAUACAAAUGAAAGUGGAAAUAUUGCCUUGUUUGAAGCAUGUUGUAAGGAAAGAAUACAGCAAUUUGAUGAUGGAGGCUCUGAUGAGGAAGAUAUCUGGGAGGAAAAGCACAUUGCAUUUACGCCAGAAUCCCAAAGACGAUCCAGCUCGGGCAGUACAGACAGUGAGGAAAGUACAGACUCAGAAGAAGAAGAUGGAGCAAAACAAGACUUGUUCGAAUCCAGUAGUGCCAACACAGAGGAUAAAAUGGAGGUAGACUUGAAUGAACCACCCAACUGGUCGGCCAAUUUUGAUGUCCCCAUGGAGACAACCCACGGUGCUCCCUUAGACUCGGUGGGGUCUGACGUCUGGAGCACAGAGGAGCCAAUGCCAACCAAAGAGACGGGCUGGGCUUCCUUCUCAGAGUUCACGUCUUCCCUGAGUACAAAAGAUUCUUUAAGGAGUAAUUCUCCAGUGGAAAUGGAAACCAGCACUGAACCGAUGGACCCUCUGACUCCCAGUGUUGCUGCACUGGCAGUGCAGCCGGAAGCGCCAGGCAGUAUGGCCAUGGAAGCCAGCUCUGACGGAGAGGAGGAUGCAGAAAGUACAGACAAGGUAACUGAGACAGUGAUGAAUGGCGGCAUGAAGGAAACUCUCAGCCUCACUGUAGAUGCCAAGACAGAAACCGCGGUCUUCAAAAGUGAGGAAGGAAAACUGUCUACCUCUCAAGAUGCUGCUUGUAAAGACGUGGAGGAGAGCCCUGAGACGACAGAGGCGAAGUCUGCGGCCCCCCGGGCUCCCAGCAGUAGUCCAGAGCGGAGGUAACCCACUGCCUCCCACCCUGC